GAGAUAGACUCGGCACAGCAAGCGGACAGAGUUGCCAAGAGGAGAUGUCGGGGGAGGACCCGGAGGAGACUGCCAGUGGUGGUGGUGUCGCUCCACUCGACCCCUCACAGCUAUCAUGAGAAGCUAGCACCUCAUUCUCGGCGAAAAGGCCCUGCUUCCUCUCGUCCAGCCGUGUUCUUUGGGUGUGUACCAGCACUGCCGCCACCCUCACCACCAUGGCAGUCAACAUGUAUUACUCAUCAGAAAGUUCGGACAGUGAAAAUACAGCAGAAAACUUCAGCCUGGACUUCUCUUACCUAAUGCUGGAUACAGACUCCUUGGUGGUCCACCUCAGAAACAGCAUCAGGGAGCAACACCUGCAGCAGAAAUGUGAGUCUCCCAGAACCAGCAGGAGGAAAGGUGGUGACAGGAGAAGAGGAGGAAGAGGAAGGGAUGAAGAGGGCCCGGAAUCAGAAGGCAGCAUGGACAGCAUACACGAUACGGUCACCAAGAAACUGCUGCUCCAACACAACAUGCUGCUGUCAUUACCCUUUGAAAUCACUAGGUUCUCCAGUCUGUUGAGCCUCGAUCUCUCCAAUAACAAUCUCACUCACGUCAAUGACUUCCUCCUGCAGCUGCCAGAGUUGCAGUCCCUCUACCUUCAGAACAAUAAUCUGGCUGAUGACGGACUACCUAAGGAGCUUUACACUCUUACCAAGCUCAGGGAACUCAACCUAAGUGGAAACAAGUUGACCCGAGUCCUCCCUCAGCUCUGUGAGGUUGCUGGUCUGAGGUACCUCUAUUUGGGGGGAAAUGAGAUCACCGAGAUUCUACCAGAAAUCAAAGCGCUGCAAAGCCUUCAAGUCCUACAUCUAGGAGGUAACCUGCUGGAGACUGUCCCUGAUGAGUUAGGUGAACUGCACCAGCUGGCGGCACUCAUCCUGUGUGACAACAGGCUGCGCUCUCUGCCAAGGGUCAUCUCCAAUCUCACUCGACUCCGCUCACUGCUUUUGCACAAGAACAACCUGUGCUGCCUUCCUGUGUGCAUUGUGAAGCUCAGAGGACUGACAGAGCUGAGUCUUCGUGACAAUCCCCUAGUCACAAGAUUCGUCAACUCUUGUGCCCGGGAGAUCAUGUACAAUACUCCAAGCCUUCUUGAACUGGCGGCACGGGUCAUCAAGCUCAAGAAACUCCCAUACACAAGCGAAGACCUUCCACGCAAUCUUGUCUACUAUCUUUCAAGUGGUCAGAGAUGUGUCAAUCCCAAGUGUAAAGGCAUGUACUUCACGUCCUGUGUUGAGCAUAUCAAGUUUGUAGACUUCUGUGGUAUGUAUCGACUGCCCUUGAUGCACUACUUGUGUUCCUCCCGCUGCUCCUCCAAGACUCCAGACUACUACCGUGCCCAGUCUGAGUCAGACAGCGAGGAGGAUGAGCCAGCAGCCAGGAUGAAGCGUGUCUUGCUGGGCUAAGUUGUCAGCCAGCAUGUGGGUUCAUCUCUUGGGAGUGUUGGUGGUGCCCUGAAUCCAAGCCAGUGUGGAUGCAAUUACAAGGUGCUCUAUGCAAGAACGGAGAUAUAUGAAGAGGCAUAAUGAGAGUUUGUUAUGAUAUGUAUUUGAUGUUAAUGCCUCUAUAAGUACACAAAACCCAAAGCUAUAAUUGUAAUCAAGCCAUGGAGCUUCAUUCUGAACCCUUGGAGAAAAUCCCUAAAUUGACCAGCAAAUAACAAGAGUCAUUAGCUUGACAGGGGUGAGGUUGUUUCCUGGAGCAUCUUGUAUGGCCAUGGUGGUUAGCCCUUCAUUGUUGACUGUUCCCUUGUUAUGGACAAGAUUAUAUUAGUGAGUAUUAUAAACACAAUAACCCUAAUGAAAAUACAAAAGGAAAUAAUAUGAUUGUGUAUUAGAAUGUUGUUUAGAUAGUAUUCUUUAUAGUUUCUGACUUCCCAUUGCCUUGAGGAAUGUACCUAUAGAUAAACAGGAAUAGUCAUCCUUGGAUCCAUGAGUGUUAUGCAUUGUGGAACUGAAUGCCAGAUGGAAUAUGAAAUUAGACCAAAUGAAAUUAAUGCAGGAGGUAUUUGGGUUCAGGGAUUUAUUAGGGGAGUAUGCAAGCAUGAAAGGUAAUGUAUGAGAGGGAAUGGUGUAAAGGAGUAAAUAAUAGAUGGAGACUUGUCACAGCCAUUCCCUCAGGGGAGUUCUUAGGAAGAGGCAUCAGAUCUAGACAGGUGGAUAUGAUCCUUCAGUUUAAGUGAAAAAAGGAACAAAUCUUGUGAGCUAACCCAAAAAACACAUCUGGACAAGAAGGCCUGAUCAGGGGGCAUGUCCAUUGCUGGGUAUGCUUGAUGGGUGGGUCAGCAUAAUGCCUGUGCCUUUGUUGGGUGAAGUUGCCAGACAGUGUUGUGUGGGGGCUUGAGGCAGGCAUUGGAACUUAAAAGCUGCCAGACAUGAACCUCUGCUAUUCAGCCAUAUUUUGCAUCAUGUUUUCUUUUCCUCCAUUCAUCAUACUUGCAUAAUUAUGCUACAGAACAUUACUAUUAUUCAGUGGUUCUGAAUAAGAUGUUUAUUGUAUCACACAGCAAUCUAUUGGUGUCAUUGGGCAAACUGCCCAUCCAUCAGCUCUGCCGUGUGGAUGACAUUUGUAGAUAUGCAUGGCAGAAUUUGUCAGCUGUUCACCUACCUGCUGGGCAUGCCUGCCUAUCUGGCCUUGCCUUAACACUAACAUGAUCUGAAGCAAAUCUAUGGCAAGGGAGCAACACUAAAUGUUGAAGGGUUUAGUCAAGUAGUUUAGGUAAAAGUAAAUUCUAUGAAAUGUUUGAAUUACUCAAGUUUUCCUAUUUAGAGUUCUUUAUAGAUUUUUUUAAGUUUAGAGGUUAGAGUUCUUUAUACAUUUUUUACAUUUAGAGUAUUAUGCUAUGAUUUUUUUUUUUUCUUCUGUAGCUUAUCUGUGAUACCUUGUUGAAGAGAAUUGGCUUUUGCUUCCCUUUAAUGAUAUAGACUUGUACCAGCAGGAGUCAAACCCCAAAAUUGUUGCUCCUUUCAUAUUAUAUAUUUUUAUAUCCACUGCAGCUUAUCUGUAAAUUAAAAGUCAAAGCUUACUUCAAGAACUAA